AUGUCCAUGGAUCCCCCACGCGGCACCUACAUGGAGCUCACGACACACGGCAACAGCAGCAACACCAUGGACGACGACGCCGAAAAGAUGAUGACCGACACUCCUGCAGAGUACACCGACGACCUACCACCACAGCCCACCGUCGUAUCAUGGGACGGCCCCGCCGAUCCCGCAAACCCCAUGAACUGGACCUGGCAGAAGAAAUGGACCACGACGAUUCUCGUGUCCUGCUUCACCUUCAUCUCGCCCUUCUCGUCCACAAUGGUGGCCCCCGCGCUCGACGACAUCGGUCGCGACCUCGGCGUCGCCCCAGGCUUCAUGCAGGCGCUCGUCAUGUCCAUCUUCCUCCUCGGCUACGCGCAGGGGCCCUUCGUCCUGGCGCCCCUCUCCGAGGUCUUUGGCCGCGUCGCCGUCCUGCAGUGGGCGAACCUCGUGUACCUCGCCUUCAACACGGCGUGCGGAUUCGCGCGCACGCGGGACCAGAUGCUGGCGUUUCGGUUCCUUAGCGGCAUCGGCGGCAGCGCUCCGCAGGCGCUAUGUAACGGCGUGCUGGCAGACUGCUGGUCCAAGGAGGAGAGGGGCAAGGGCCAGACGAUAUACGGCAUGCUCACGUUCCUCGGCCCCGUCGUCGCGCCCAUCGCCGGCGCCUACACGUCCCUGCACACGAGCUGGCGCUGGAUCUUCUGGGCGACGUCCAUGUUCGACGUCCUGGUGCAGGUCACGGCCUUUUUUUUCCUCAAGGAGACGUACGCGCCGCGCAUCCUGUCGCAAAAGGCGAAGCGGCUGCGUCGGGAGACGGGGCUGGCGUACAGGACGGCGUACGACGACGAGCGCGGCAUGGCGAGGAUCCUGCGCAGGCGGCUCGUGCUGCCGCUGAUUAUGAUCGUGUCUCAUCCUGCGGUGCUGGCGCCGUCGAUUUACAGGGCGUACCUCUACGGCGUCAUGUAUCUGGUCCUUUCGACGUUUCCCAGAGUCUGGAGCGGAGCAUAUGGUAUGGACAAGGGCACGGCCAGUCUCAACUACCUCUCGCUCGGGGUCGGAUUCAUGAUUGGGCUCCAGAUCUCGCACCCCCUCAUCGACAAGCUAUACGCCUACUACAAGGUCAAGUACGGACGGAAAGAAGGAUGCCCGGAGUGGCGCGUCCCGCCCAUGGCCGUGGGCAGCGUCCUCGCGCCAGCAGGCCUCUUCCUCUACGGGUGGACGGCGCAGGCGCGCCUCCACUGGAUCGUGCCCAACGUGGGCUGCGCGCUGCUCGCGACGGGCCUCAUCGUGGCGUUCCAGAGCGCGCAGGCGUACGUCGUGGACGCGUACAGCGCGCGGUACGCGGCCAGCGCGGCGGCCGUGGGGGCCUUCCUGCGCACCAUGUGCGGCUUCGGCUUCCCGCUCUUCGCGCCCGCCAUGUACGACGCGCUCGGGCUCGGCUGGGGCAACAGCCUGCUGGCGUUUGCGACGCUGGGGCUGGCGGUGCUGAGCCCGCUGCUGCUGUGGUGCUGGGGGGAGAGGCUGCGGCGCUGGAGCAGGCUGGGGCUGGACGUCGUGGAGGAGGAGGAGGAUGGCAGGUGA